AUGCCAUCUUCAAAAGUUGAGACAGUCGUGGCAAGGGGAAGCAAGCGCACUGCAGAUGGCCAAAUCUGCAAGAGGAAUUCCCCAGUUGCUCCACGCCGCCGCUUGUACGGCAAGCAAUCUCUUGUGAAGUGGGAGCAGCAGAAGAGGAGAAAAGGCCAAGGUCCGGGAAACAAACACGGCAAAGGAAAGAAACCUAUGGUCUCUAUUUGGGACAAGGAGCAAAUCUUCAUGGCAUGGGAAGAGGCAAAAGAGGCUGGCAAUCCCAAUCCCAUUCGGGCUGUGGCCGAGCGCAAGAUGAACGGCUACUUCCCAGGAUGCCUGUACCCCAGCAAGUGGGGUAAGGUGAGACAUGACCAGCAUUGGCCUUUGCUCGUGAAGACAGCACCGCAGCUUUGCAAGCGGCGUAAAGAGCUUCCGAACUCUUUGCGAAGCAUCUUGCAGAUCAAUGAGCUGAAGUAUGGAUCAGGCACCAGCGCAGAGAAAAGAUCUCAUCUCCCACCACCGCUGGAGGAGGCCAUUGAGAGCAUGCUCGUAGAGAGAAUUGGACUUGGCGAAGAAGUCACCAUGCACUUUGUCAAAAGCACUAUCCUGUUUGCUACUUCAAUCUGGAAUGAAUGCAUUGGGGAGGUGCGCAAGCUUGUUCGGGACCAUGGAUUGAAACUGCUAGAGAGGGAUGAUGCCAAGCUGGCCCAAAUGUCUCCAGAUGAAUUGGACCAGCACCUAGAACCUUUCUUUGAAGAAGCGGACAAGCUGCUGCAACCGAUACUCAUGACGGACAAAGACGGAGCAGUAUUGAAACUCGUACUGUUGCCACGGUCUGUGACAACCCUUUCCUUUAUGGAUGGACACAUGGGGCGCGGUUACAUCACCGUGCGUGUUGGAUCAUUGCCAGAGCACAAGCGCUCCAAGCUGAACCGAGAGCUCAACAAGUUUGUGUUCAUUGCAGAGCCCCAGCCCACCAGCCACGAGUUCCGUACUCGCAGGGCACAGUUGGGCUUGUCCGCAUCUGCUCGUGGAAUUGUGAUGUAUGAUCAAGCAUCUGCUCACAUGUCCAAGUCCUUCUUGAAGGUGCAGCAGAAGUUCAUGGAACAGUACAAUAUAGAAGCUUGGCAUAGCUACCUCGCUCUGGCUGUUGGAUGGGGGCAGAUGCCAGAUCUCCGGAGAAGGUUUGAUGAACUGGAGUUUGGAGCUGGGGAGCAGAAAAUCUAUUGGGUCCUGCAAAAAGAGACGGAGACUAGCAGAAUCCCUCUUCCUCUUUGGAUGAGCAGCAUUAUGGAGCUUCGGGUUUGCAAAUACAUUACGGACCUGCAGGCUUGGCAAACUAAGAUUGAGAAGCGGCACGCUGCUGGCAAGGCCCUGACCAAAGCCCAGGACAAGGCUUAUGAAGCGUGGAAGCAUUCUCUGGUGCAGCGAUUGGUGUUCUGCAAGAAACGGCAGAGUCUAGUCACUGAGGCCAGACACAUCAACAAGGACUGCAUUGCUUUGGACCUUCGCCUCAGCGAAGACCCAAAUCAUCUGAUGGUUUCUUCAGUCAAUGGCGAUGACUACAAGCUGGUAUUGCUCAAAGGCGGCACUGUUGAAGGUCCGUGCAGAGCCUUGCCAAGUGAGUUAGAUUGCCCGCUUUCCAAGCAGCAGGUUGAAACCAUGCAAGCCGAGGAGGAGGAAAAUGCUGUGGAUUCCCAUGGUGAGCAGGGUGAGGAACAGAACUUGUGGGAUGAUGAAGCGGGUGAUCACAUGAUUGAGGACCAGCGCUAUGAGCAGGAGUGUCCUCAGACUGAUCCAAAUGACUUCGCUGUGCUGGCAGAUAGUGAUGAAGAGCUUGAAGACAUUGAAUUUCCAGGCGACCGCCAUGUGUGCCUGCUUCCAAUGAGUGGAACUUGGGGUGGCCGGAGUCAUCUAUCAGAGGAGGAAUGCAUUCUGCAGGUCAUUCGCGGGAUACUCGAGAAUCAUCUACAGCAGUACCCCAAAGAUCGAUUAUGGAAAACCCAGCUCGACCGCGUGGUCAGUGCACAAUGCACAAAGGCGUUCUAG